UCUAUUUUAUUUUAUUUUAUUUUCUCUUCUUCACUUAAAUUAUUAAAUUUCAUCGUCAUAAAAUUUCGAAUCAAUUUGUCUCAAGCACACAGACGACUGCAGCGGCGCCGCUCUCCAGUUCCGCCGUCUCCACCGCAUUCCGAAAUAAGGUGAAUCAUUACAAUAAGCUUUCUUAUUUCACAUCUACAGUUUUCUAUUUCUCUGUUUGUAGCUCUUAAUAUGCCUUUGUUAUCGGGAUUUCGCAGUAAAUUGAUGCUUAUUUUACUCUUUUAUCUACUUGUUGUAGAUAUUGCUUUAUCGGUAUCAAAUUUGCUGAAUAUAGUCUUGUGAAAUGCGUUAGGGCUUUAGACUUAUAUUCAAUUUUGUUGUAUUCCUGCAUUUUGAUGCUCUAUAAUAUGGAGAUUUUGUUGCUCAAUUUUGUGUAUAUAUAACCUAGAACCGUUUUUAUAUGGAUUUGGGAUUUGGCCUAAUAUCAGUUUUUGUGAUAUUAUGAUUUUGAUGUUGUAAAUAGCAGAUUAAUAAUUUGAUGUUGCUCUGUUUUACAUUUUUUUUGUGUUAAUGAUCAAGGGGUUAUUACACACCGAGAGAGGAAAACUACGGGUAAUUCCAAAAUGGGCGAAGAUUUCUUCGAAUAUCUACCAUCAGAAAUCGUAGUAAAUAUCCUCUCAAGACUCCCCAUUCAAGACGCUAUGGCUUGCAAGUGUGUUUGUAAACCAUGGCUUGUUCUUCUCGCUACCCCUGAGUUUGUGAAUUCCCAUCUUUCUAUAUCAGUCCCAGGCAUUGCUGUUGAAACACACUCAAAGUCAUUCUACGUCAUGGAGAUCGUGGAUGAGCUAUGCGAUGAGGAGCAUCGGUAUACAGCCUUCAACUUCAAACUGCCCUUUGAUGAGCCAAUCCAUAGUUCUGCUAAUGGUUUGAUCUUUCUAAGAGGCGUCGGUCGUGGUGAUCUUAUCCUGUGCAAUCCAGUCACACGUGACUAUAUCAAGCUCCCUUCUCCUCGACAAACCACCUCAGAACAUCAGCUUGUAUAUGAGAAUAUUGGAUUUGGAGUGAGCAGAACGACUGGCCAAUAUAAGGUGGUCACUACAUGAGGAGUACAAAAAACCACGACAUGAGUACACAAAUGAGUGCCAAGUAUACACUGUUGGAACCGGAAUGUGGAGAAAUGUUCCCCUCGGUAGCCUACACCUUUUUCUUGACAAGCUUGGAGGGUUCCUUUUUAAUGGAAAUCUUCAUUGGAGGGUAGUUGAGAAAAUUGGAGAUGACUUGAUUGAAUGGAUUUUUUGCCUUGAUCUUGAAACAGAACUUUUUAGCACCUUUGCUACAACACCCUAUAUCCAUGGUGUAAGUCCCUACUAUAUUAAGACACCAUGUGUUUUGAGGGAUUGCCUCUGUUUGUGCUAUAAAACUGGUACAAAUGUUCGUGAGCUUGCAAUUUGGUCGAUGAAGGAAUAUGGGAAUGAAAAAUCUUGGACAAUGGAAGUUUUGACCGGUCCAGCUUUCGGAGGAUAUUCUGUACUUCAUGCUUGCCCGUUCAAAGUUUUCGAGAAUGGUGACAUCUUGCUGGAAUGUGAUAGGGAGAAUCUAUGCUGCUACUCCAACAAGACUAAAACUUACUAUGACUUCUUUAUUUGAGAUUGUGAUGAGUAUAUAUCUACGACCAUGUAUACCCCAAGCUUUCUCACUCUGAAGAAUUUUGUGAUGGAGAAUGUGAGCUCAUUUUGAGCUGUGACUGCCAUUUGAUGUCUGCUGAUGAAAUACAUGAAUGGUGAGGGAUGCUCUUACUAGUUAGUUUCUUUGGAUUAGGCCUAAAAACCAUUUAGUAUUGUACUUUGCAGAAAUUGUUGUUAUGCAUACCAAAUUUACCAACUUACUUUUUGUGGAAUGGAUUAGGGAUUAGGCCUAAAUUCAAAAUUGUAAUAUUAGGAUUUGCAUAAUGAAGACUAACAUUGAUGUUGCUAGUUA